GGCUUAGCGGCUGAGAGAGAGGAAGGGGGUGGGCUCCUUUCACAUUCAUAACCUGAGCGUCUCUGUGCAGAAGUGCCUAUUAUGUCGAGUUCUCCGCCUUCGAAAAAAAUCAGGGUUGCAGAUUUGUCGUCGACAAUGUCAAGCAGUGAGAAGAAGCCGAAGGUGGUGGUAGUGGGCGCCGCGGGGGGAAUCGGGCAGCCGCUGGCCAUGCUACUGAAGCUCUCUCCACUGGUCGGGGAUCUCGGAGUCGUGGACGUGGUGGGUACAGAGGGAAUAGCGGCCGAUCUCUCCCACCUCAAGCCCGGAGCCGUCCUGGGGCACCCGCCGACGAAAGACCCUCCGGAGCCGCUGCGCGACGCAGAUAUCCUUGUCGUGCUAGCAGGUCGUGCUCAGAGACCGGGGGAAUCCAGGGACGACUUGUUCAAGUUCAACGCACGGAUCAUCACGUCUAUAGCGAAGCAGGCUGCGGAGCUAUGCCCGCGAGCGAUGGUUUGCAUCGUCUCGAAUCCAGUCAACUCGCUGGUUCCCGUGUUCUCCGAGGUGUUCAAGAGCCGCGGUUGCUACGACCAGCGACGAAUCUUCGGCAUCAAUACUCUAGACUGCGUCCGCUCCCGCACCUUCGUUGCAGAGCGAAAAGGACUGGACGUAGAAGAAGUUACUGUGCAUUCGGUGGGAGGUCACUCCGGACCGACCAUCUUACCGCUGCUGUCGCAGACGAAACCCGCCACGUCGUUCACGGAGAAAGAAGUUGAAGAGCUAACGUUCAAGAUCCAGGAUGCAGCCAACGUGGUCAUCAAUCUCAAAGCCGGGAAGGGAUCGUCCACGCUUUCGAUUGCUUGUGCGACGUACUAUUUCGUGAGUCAACUGAUCGAAGCUAUGACAGGGAGCGAAGAUGUAGUUGUAACUGCAUAUGUGAGAUCGGAUGUGAUUCCAGAGCUGAGCUACCUUGCAACGCCUCUACUGCUUGGACCCAAUGGUGCAGAGAAGAACCUGGGACUGGGAGAACUGAGUGAGUAUGAGAGAAAGAAACUGACAGAAGUGGUGGUGCCAGAGCUAAAGGCCAACAUUCAGAAGGCAGUGGAGUUCUGUGAGGCUGAACUAGGCACCAAGAAAGACUGA